UAUGGGCUAUAUUGUAUGAAAUUAAACGUAACAUCAAUAAGAAAGCUUAAGAGAGUUGGUCGUAAAAGAAUGGAAGGAAAGUUGAUGAAGAUAGGACCAGUAGGGAAGCAUGAUGCUAGAAGCACAACAAUUGUUAACUGGGAUGAAGGAAGUCACAAUGGCAUCCUCUCUCAGAUCUUUAUAUCUCAUAAUACCUCAGGAAUCAUGUCUAUUCAGUUCCAGUUCGUGGUAGACGGAAAGUUUGUUUUAUCCGACUGUCACGGUCCAGGUUUGGGCAACAUGUUUGACGUUAUAGAGCUGACCUAUCCGCACGAGUUCAUAAUUGGAAUAAGUGGAGAGUGUUACAAAUACGAAGGUAGCAAUCCUCACAUAAGAUCUCUCAAAUUCACUACCAACACUAGUGAAUACGGUCCUUUUGGUACCUCCAGUUCCAGCAACGAAAAAUUCUCGUUUAAACUCGGGAGAUCUCCUCAGCUUGGCGGUUUCCAUGGGACUUACGAUGCAUCCGGACUACAGUACAUCGGUUUUUACCUCAGGCCUAAAACAGUUCAACCCAAAAUAGAUAAAAGCAAUGCAAAAGUACUGGAGUCAAAGAUUGUCUUGGGCUAAUAAUAUUUUUUUACUGAAUGUUCACUAUGAACAAACGAUAAUCAAAAUUAUACAUGAAUACAUAUGAAAAUGUCGCUAUAAAUAAAUAAAUUAAUGUAUGGUUCCAUGCAUGAGGAAUAUAGUGUUUUAAUUGAGAAACA